CAUUCUCACAUCAUCUACGGAUCCUCCUGCAUACAUUCUCGCAUCUUACCAUUGCCAUUUUAUACUAACCCCCGAGAAUACCCGCAAUCAUGGCCGAAGGAGGAGGCAGUGGAGGAGGUAUCGAUCGCCGUGCCGACGAGAAGAUGGAGUUCAACACCUCGAAAGAGGUCACGGUCCAUCCCACCUUCGAGUCUAUGUCGCUGAAGGAGAACCUGCUCCGUGGCAUCUACGCGUACGGCUACGAGUCGCCUUCGGCCGUCCAAUCUCGAGCUAUCGUCCAGAUCUGCAAGGGACGCGACACCAUCGCCCAGGCGCAGUCCGGCACCGGAAAGACUGCCACCUUCUCCAUCUCCAUGCUCCAGGUCAUCGAUACCGCCAUCCGCGAGACCCAGGCUCUGGUACUUUCUCCCACCCGCGAGCUCGCCACGCAGAUCCAAUCGGUUGUCAUGGCGCUCGGUGAUUACAUGAAUGUCCAAUGCCACGCCUGCAUCGGCGGCACCAACGUCGGCGAGGAUAUCCGGAAGCUCGACUACGGCCAGCACAUCGUCUCUGGCACUCCCGGCCGCGUCGCCGACAUGAUUCGUCGCCGCCACCUGCGCACUCGUCAGAUCAAGAUGCUCGUGCUCGACGAGGCGGAUGAAUUGCUCAACCAAGGGUUCCGGGAGCAGAUCUACGACGUCUAUCGAUACCUACCGCCCGCCACCCAAGUCGUCGUCGUCUCGGCUACUCUACCCUACGAUGUCCUCGAUAUGACGACCAAGUUCAUGACCGACCCUGUUCGCAUCCUCGUCAAGCGUGACGAGUUGACCCUCGAGGGUCUCAAGCAAUAUUUCAUCGCGGUCGAGAAGGAGGACUGGAAGUUCGAUACCCUCUGCGAUCUUUAUGACACGCUCACCAUCACCCAAGCUGUCAUCUUCUGCAACACCAGGCGCAAGGUAGAUUGGUUGACAGACAAGAUGCGUGAGGCGAACUUCACUGUUAGCAGCAUGCACGGUGACAUGCCGCAGAAAGAGCGCGACAGUAUCAUGCAAGACUUCAGACAGGGCAACAGCCGGGUGCUGAUCUCGACCGACGUCUGGGCACGUGGUAUCGAUGUCCAACAGGUCAGCCUGGUUAUCAACUACGAUUUACCUAGUAACCGAGAGAACUACAUCCACCGUAUUGGCCGAAGCGGACGUUUUGGACGUAAGGGUGUGGCAAUCAAUUUUGUUACUAGUGAGGACGUUCGAAUCCUCCGCGAUAUUGAGCUGUACUAUUCCACGCAAAUUGAUGAGAUGCCUAUGAAUGUGGCUGAUCUCAUCUCUUGAUUGUCGACUUAUCGAGAACUUGGCAGCUCUCCCUAAAAUAGAUGUAACCAUCCAGUAGGCGACGUCGCGGAUUGGAGGAGGUCUUAGUAGUGGGAGGAAAUGG